AUGAAAUGGUCUUUGUUCAACUCUGUUGCUGCUAACCAUGUCGUUAUUGCUGCCCGAAAUCGUUCCAGUUUUGAUAAAGUCCUUACUUUUGCACAGGAUACAAUUUUUGCUAUGGAAGCCUCAAAAAAGUCACAGGUAGCUUUUGCAGCUGCUAGCACUGCAAGCUUGGCAGAGGCUAAAUCUGGGGAGGCUAUCUCUUCCAUUAAGAGGGCUCUUGAUUUUAAUUUCCAAGACGUGGAUGGAUUACUACGGUUGGUACGGCUUGCAAUGGAGGCCAUUAGCCGUUAAAGACUUAAAAGUGGUUGUGGACUUCUUAACUCCGGGAUUUAAGAUAAACUGGUGAAAAGCAAGUAAUAAGAGGCUGACCUGAUCUCUGUGAUGAAGGCUCUCUCUUUGUCCAUGUUUAUAAUUUUUUUAUUUGCUGAAGAUCAGCUUAUUGGCAUGCACUGCAGUGCCCCAAGGUUGUUUCAAGUUUACCAUGGCUGGUUUGUGCUAUUACUAAUUCAAGGCUUCUGCAUAAAAGAUUCUGAGCUCAUCCCAAUUGGCUGAUCUGCUUUUUCCAGAAGGAGUUAAAGAUUUUCAAGAAAAUAAAUAAAAAAAAGUGGACAAUUUUAUUAUAGGUGUUUUUUUUUUUAAUCCAUACUGGUGGCGACAACCCAAGGAUUGGGAGCUGCCUGAUGCAUAAACCAUCUAGCUUUACUUAUACGAAGAGAAUUCAGAAACUGCCCUACUAACAUCAUUUGAAGAAGGUAAGAGAUGGAAAUUUUAUGUAGACCAGUCCUUUUUGUUUUUCUCUUUCAAACUACUUUUUCUUAAUCUUCUUUCAGUUGAUAUGAGAAGAAACCAUAAAAUUU